GAAGCCAGCCGCACCAAUGUGUCGGAGGAAACACUGUGCACCUGGCUACCUUGGUAAGCGCGCACUGCGCCCGGCCCGCCACAGGAGUCGCUGGUGAACGAUGAGACAAGGAUAUCCCUACCUGCCAAACCCUAACCCGGACGACGCUAGUGCAGUGCCCUAGACCACUGUGCCACCCGGGAGGCCCCCAAACCGCGCUUCUUAACACCUGCUUGCUUUACCAGGAAGCCAGCCGCACCAAUGUGUCGAAAGAAACACUGUUCACCUGACAACUGAGGUCAGCCUGCAGGCGCCCGGCCCGCCACAAGGAGUAGCUAGAGCACAAUGAGCAAAGUAGGGUCUCAUCUAAUGCCUCAUGACUGGGUUCAUAGAAGGGCCUGGACUUAGAUCUAGCCUUCCUCAAUUACAGUAGCUCAUGGUUACCCCGCCAAUAAAGACAGUGCCAGAAUGGGCUUUCACCACAAGAGGUACAGUGCAUUCAUAAAGUAUUCAGAUCCCUUCCCAUUUUCCAGAUUUUAUGUUGCAUCCUUAUUCUAAAAUGUAUACAAUUUAAAAUUGUACUUAUCAAUCUACACACAAUACCCCAUAAUGUUAAAGUGAAAACAGGGUUUUACACAUUUUUACACAUUUAUUAAAAAUAAAAACGUUUUUACAUAGGUUUGUAUCCAUUUUCGAAUAAGGCUAUAGUAACAAAAUGUGGAAAAAGUUAAGGGGUCUGAAUACUUUCCGAAUGCAGUGUACCUAGCCUAGAACACAGCUCACAAUCCCAACAACACCCAAACAAGAGGCCUAGAGGUCAAGGAGGGAGCUCAAAGACUAAUGCUGCGUUCGAAACCAAUUUUGAGGUGGUGUUUUGUCACGCACCGCAUAGGUGCAGUGAAAUAUUUUUGUUUUAUAGGGUCAGCCAUAGUAGUAUGGCGCCCCCUGGAUCAAAUUAGGGUUAAGUGCUCAAGGGCACAUCGACAGAUUUUUCACCUUGUCGUCUCUGGUAUUCGAGCCGACCUUUCGGUUACUGCCCAACGCUCUAAUCGCUAGGCUACCUGCCGCUCUUACCAGUUGUGAAGUCGUUAAUACCAGUUAGAUACAUUCACGUGCUUUGAACUCAUUGAUAAACACUCAUUGGCUAAUGGACAACAAUCUGCAUCAACCAUAAACAAAAGGUGCAGCUAUGAUUCUUGGACACAAAUUAUAGAAGCAAGCUUUUGUGAACACCUGUUUUUAGAGAUAGACCUUAAACCUAGCCUAGAACAAAGACAGUUGAAUAUUUACCUUAUUGAGGUGAUGUAGAUGGAAUAAAGUCGUUCUAUUCUUUUCUACUCUAUUCUUGCUAACGCACUGUUCUUUCUAAAGUAGUCUGCAUGUUAGAAAGAAUAGAGUAUAAAAUAAUAGAAUUACUUUAUUCCAUCUACAUCAGUUAAGGUAAAUAUUUCAAAAGAUACUGAUCAUAGGAGAUUGGAAGUGUAUUGUAAUAAGCAGUACCGUAUUUCAAAGAACAGCAUUUUUCAUUUAACCACACUGUUUGAGUUUCAACCAAUAAGAUAUGUUCUCUACAGUGUAAUUGGAAGUAGAGGAGGUGCAACCAUGAACAGUAAUAAUAUGGAGUGGCUUGUAUUCAUGGAUGCCAAGGGAAGCUAGGCUUCCUCCAAAAAAUUACCAAGAAAUAAAGAAAAAUACAUACAAAACAAUUUAUUUUGUCUCUCUGUGUUCCAUACAUUUCCUUCAAUUCACAAGAGGCUGGAUGUAUCUCACCAGGAUAAAGCAUCCAAGUGAAUGAAACAGCGCCCCUCUGUCUCUGUAUGUGUAGCCCAUCUAUGCUGUCUAGUCAAAAAGCGAAUGACAUUGUUGCCACCAUAGCAUUGAAAGCAAGGGAAGGGCAACAACAACAAAAAGUCUCAAGGGAAGUCAGUGUCGAUUUGGCUUCAGACCAAUCACAUUACAAGCCAAACAUCAUUGACAGAACUUGAAUUGUUGCCUCCUGUUGUCGUUGUCCUCCAAUGGCUAGCUAGCUAAGUAAAGUCUUUCCUUUCCCUCAUUAGCCAUGGAUGGAGAUAGGGAUUUCGACUUGUGGUUUUACUUAAUUCUCCACACUGGCCAUUGAUUAUAACGGCAAGUCUGAUCUUACCAUAAAUUCGUACAUUGUGCCCCUGGCCUGAGAGGAUGGAAGUUCAACGUGUAUCUAGAUGUAGUACCUUAGGCUAAUGUUAACUAACUGGCCUGGUGCAUCGUUGCCCAUGAAAGGAAGUUAGGCUAGCGAGCAAGCAUUUUAGCCUGGUAGCCUAGGACAACAAAAACUAAAAGCGUGUAUGAGAGAGUCAUAGAACGUUUAUGCAACAUGAAAGAGGAGGAUGCAUUGGCGUUUCUCUACAAAUAGGUUGAGUCAAUAUGUUUUUUUUUCUACUUACACAAGUCCUUACCAUGAACAGUCACAUCAUAUGGACUAAAUAAUUGUUGGUAUCUUUAAGUUGUCACUGUUAGACCGUCACUAUAUUAGACUAAGCACUGGUGAUUAGACAAUGUUGAAAUGGUGCUGGAAUAGUGGAAUCAUCUGUUUUCUUUGCGACUUGCAAUAACUCUACGUGGUUCUAAAUCCAUAGUUGUUUAGUAGUCCAAAAAUUGGCGAAGUAGUGAGUAGAGAUGAGGAAGCUAUGGCAGCGGAUGAUGCCCAACAGUCUGUGGAUGUCAGUCAGUUGAGAGAUCCUGAAAUACUAAUCGUGAAGAAGGUUGAUUUUGUUAAGUUUAUUGAGCAGGUGAUUAAUUAUACAGGACAAAAUAACAAUAAAUCUAAGAAACUGAAAAUCAUUUUUAAAGUGGCUAAAAGGUUCUUGGAUUGCCAGGAUUUCACAGCUGACACAUUGCAGUAAAUAAUGUCUGAAGAUGCUUCCCCCUCUCAGGCCCCAGAGUCAGUGUAGGGAUCUGAGUACAUUGGAGUAAGUGAAGGAGUAUAUUAACUUUUAUUUAGUUUUUUGAGGAUAUGUGGAUAAAAUAAAAAUUAAAAUCUUGUUAAAGUAUCUUUGUUUUUACUCCACCCAGUAGGUGGCGGAAAUACACCUUUUUUGGAUGUAGUCUGCCAAUAAAGCCUUGAAAAAGAAGGCAAUGGUUGUGACAUAAGCAGCACCAGUCUUACUUGCCCAACUUCAGGCAUUCAACUUCAGGCAAUUGGGUUAGGGGAAAAGGAAGAAUUAUUAUAUUAUGAAUAAUUAUGGAGUGGGGUUUGUACAAACCUUCUGGAAGAUUUGGUGGAUGAGAAUAUGGUGGACAAGGGAAACAGAAGAAAAGUGAAUUAUGUUCUGAGUGAAUAUGGAAUGGAGAAUUGCACAGAACUUCUGGAAGAGCUAGAGAACAUAUUGAACAUGACAAGUGAAGGUGAAUCAAUUGCGAUGACAGCCAAGAAUGAGUUGAGUGUAAAGGGAAGCGGGGUGGUAAGGGAGGUUGGUGUCAUGUGUAAAAAGAGGGAUACUGCUCUAAUAGCUGGGAAAUGGAAUCUGACGGGAGCGUGGAUGAGGAACCUGCGGUGAGGACUGCCGGGUUCGGGCCUCAUUCCAAUGAUUUAAAGGAUGUGUAUGGCCCAGUGGGAGUGAGAUUUGUGGAGAGAGUGGAUCCUUAUAGUUUGGUUGAAGAGUGGAAGAUAGUGAUAAAGGAAAAUGGAACAAAAAGGGCUAAUGUUGUUAAUGAGUAUAGGUUUUUGGUUGGAGUUAGGUUCACUGACAAUGAUGCUUUUUUGGGAUAUCCGUUUGAAGUAUCAAGGAUGGUAAGGGAUGCAUUGGGAAAGGUGGAGUUGGUCAGAGUGACCAGAAGUGGUUUUGUUUUGAUUUCUUGUGUGUUGAAAGAGCAGAAGGAAAAGGUAUUAUCGACAAACUAUCGCUUUAUGAAGUGGAGAGUUUUGAUUUUUGUAGCAGAGCACUGUUAAAAGGUGUCAUCUCUGGCAUGUGUUGGAUUUAAACAUUUUUUAUUUAACUAUGCAAUUCAGUUAAGAACAAAUUAUUAUUUACAAUGACUGCCUACCACGGAACAGUGGGUUAUCUGCCUUGUUCCGGGGCAGAACGACAGAUUUGUACCUUGUCAGCUAGCUCAGGGAUUCAAUCCAGCAACCGUUCGGUAACUGGCCCAACACUCUAACCACUAGGCUACCUGCCGCCCCGAAAUGUGGAGGCAUCGUGGUUUACGAGGAGUAGUUGGAGCACGCUGUGUACUGGAUGGGAGAAAGAAGAAAGCCUGUCGGUAUUAUUGAUGUUUGACGAAGAGUAUCUCCCUUCACAUGUGAAGAUGGGAUAUGUUAUAUCUGCGGUGAGAGCUUCUGUAUCCAAGACGCUGUUUUGCCGGAAUUGCAAAAGGUAUGGACAUGUAUCAAUUGUGUGCCGAAGGAAUGUUGUUGAAGAAUCUGAGGGUGGACGAUGUUGAAAUUGUGAUGGCAACCACGUUCCCAAUUCCCCGGAGUGCCCGGUUAGGGUAAAGGAGUAUGAAGUGGCAAGGGUUAGGGCUAUACAGCAGGUAAUCUACACAAUGGCACGUGAGGUAGUUGAAUGAGAGUGGAGCUGAAGGCAUGGCGGUGGAUGCUCCGGAGACUGUGGAGACUGAGUGUUGUUCAACAGUUGAGGGAAACUGAUAUGCUGAUUGUGAAGGUGGAUUUUAGGGUGUUUAUCGCAUAUAUGAUUAAUUCUACUGCAUAAACAAACAGUCAAAGAAACUGGAGCUGAAAUGUUUUGGGGUUUCCAGGACUUCACUGCUGAAACAUUGCAAAAAAUACUGUCCGAAGAUGCUCUUCCUUCUCAGGCCCCAGAUCCCGAAUAAAGGAGUAAAUUGAGUUUUCUUCUUGUUUACUUUGUUCAUUACUUGGGCUGAUAUACAUCCAAAACAGUAGGUGGCGGCAUGGACCUAUAGCAUUUGUUUUCGGACCACCAUAAUAUCAAAGAAGACAGUAGGUGGCUGCUAUACACCAAUAGGUGUAGUCGGCCAUAAAACUUUAAAGAAGAACGGAAGUAAACAUUGACCAGAAACAAGCGUUUUUAUUGAUGUUAUUUAGGCGUUUAUUAACACCCUGGAACUAAAACGGUGACGAUUUUAACUGCACAGCUUCGCAUAAUUACCCCAGGCAGCUUUUAAUUCGCGUUGAUCACCGGGCUUUGUAUAGAUGCUAGCUGGCUGCUGGUUAGCUAAAAAUGGCUAACGUUAACUGUAUGGUUUUUCACACUCAAAUAGCCUCCAUCAUGGAGGUGCUAGCGAAUGCAGCCGUGGCAGAGAUCUGUAAAGUCGUAGACGACGACUAUGCAGUGUUUCGUUUGGAAAUAACUCAAAGCCAGAAAGAAAACAGGGGAUUGCGGAGGAAGCUACAGCUAUUGGAACUAAAGGUGGCACGGGAGCGCGCAGAGAGAAUAAUGCGAGAGCGCGCCCUCGCCAGUCGCCCAAGUAGUGUCAAGAUCCUCGACCGAUACAAAGGAAUGACAAGAGGUGAAGGACAUCUACCUGGAGGCCACAAGCCAGCGGGACACAAUACAUGGAGAGAUGACCAACCAAUCACUGUUGAUGAGGGGAGUGGAACCUCAACCCAGCAUGUUAUCAUCAUAGAGUCUGCAGAUACAGAGGCUGCAGCUCCUGGGGUCAAACUGGAGAGGGCUAAAGAAGAGGAGGACCCACGGCACAGUGAUGACAUUGAGACUGGACUGGCUGGAGUGCCCCCUGUAGCCACGAAGGACCCCACAACCACCUCAGCGCAGCCCAGAAUCCGACACAGCAUCACGGAGGAUGAGGGUCCAGAGGUGCUGCUGGUGAAGGAGGAGGGUCUGGGGAACCCUGAGGGGACCAUGGUCAUGGAGGACAACCAGACUACACCUCCUCCUGAACCCACAGAGGAACCAGCUGCGCAACACAGGACCACACACAGUCUCACUGAGUCAGUAGACAUGGAGGAUGGGAAUCUUAAUCUGCUGCUGGUCAAAGAGGAGACAAUUGAGGACGAACCAGAGAGCAUUAACUUGCUGAGUGGACUAAAGACGGGGGAGCAAGGUGGUUGGUUGGAGGCUAACAGAGGAGACUGGGCAGCCAGCUUGGAUUCCCAGACCCCAACAGGUGCAACCAAGGGCCCAAGGGACAUCACCACUGAGCAGGUCAGGACCAGAGGCAACAUAGUGGAAGUCAGUGGAUGGGACAGCGUCCUCAACUCUGGGCUGGGGAACAACACUAUUAACCACAACCAGAAACAGACAACAGAACACAAAACAACAACCGAACUUAGUCUCCAUGACAACAGACUAGCUGAGACCAGGGCAAGGUGUAGAUUUGGUCUGCGGGGACGAGGAGGUGUCUGUCUGAGAACAGACUCGGCUAGCGAUGCUCCGUCCUGCUCCUAUAGUUGUGAUUCAGAGAGACUGAUGGCACCUCAGGUUAACCCCCUAAGAGGUGCUGCCUUCAGCCUGCCUUCUAUAGGAUCUAUCCACUGGAACAUUGACCCUGCGACAACACAGACACUCCCUGGCCUUAAUCCUCCUCACACUCUCCUAAUGUUAAACCAGACCUCAGACAAUGCCAGUGCCUCAACACUAAAUAGCUACACAAGCCCAUUGACAAAUGACAGUAGUAGUAACGCUACAAUCAGAUCCGGUGGCAAAGAGAAGCGCUUCCAGUGUUCGUUCUGUGGGAAAGCCUUCAGUUUCCCCAAACAAGUAGAGAUCCACCAGAGGAUGCACACGGGGGAGAAGCCAUUCGGCUGCCACCUGUGCCAAGCCAGUUUCUCAGAUUCGUCCAACCUGAAGAGGCACCAGAGGGUCCACACAGGGGAGAAACCAUUCGGCUGCCACCUGUGCCGGGCUAGUUUCUCCCACUCCUCCAGCCUGAAGAGGCACCAGAGAGUCCACACAGGGUAGGAAUCCUACAGCUUCCCCAGUGUGAGAAGAGGUUCUCCCACCAGCUGAACAUGCACCUGGAGGUCCACAAGGGGAAGAGGUUCUCAGAGAGGAGGUACCUCAGAAUACGCAUAGUGAUAUGUAGUACAUUUAUAUUUACAUUUUAGUAAUUUAGCACACUAGUUAGUUUGAAGGUAAAGUGUUACCAUAGUUAGCAAAGUUAUUCUACAGUCGUGGCCAAAAGUUUUGAGAAUGACACAGAUAUUAAUUUUCACUAAGUCUGCUGCCUCAUUUUGUAUGAUGGCAAUUUGCAUAUGCUCCAGAAUGUUAUGAAGAGUGAUCAGAUUAAUUGCAAAGAUUAAUCCCUCCAUGCAAAGGAACUGAAUCCUAAAAAAAACCAUUUCCACUGCAUUUCAGCCCUGCCACAAAAGGACCAGCUGACAUGUCAGUGAUUCUCUCGUUAACACAGGUGUGAGUGUUGACGAGGACAAGGUUGGAAAUCACUCUGUCAUGCUGAUUGAGUUCAAAUAACAGACUGGAAGGUUCAAAAGGAGGGUGGUGCUUGGAAUCAUUGUUCUUCCUCUGUCAACCAUGGUUACCUGGAAGGAAACACGUGCCAUCAUCAUUGCUUUGCACAAAAAGGGCUUCAUGGGAAAGGAUAUUGCUGCCAGUAAGAUUUCACCUAAAUCAACCAUUUAUCACAUCAUCAAGAACUUCAAGGAGAGCAGUUCGAUUGUUGUCCAGGAACAGUUGUGACGAAAAAGGCCUUUUCCAGCAUGAUGGAGCACCUUGCCAUAAGGCAAAAGUGAUAAUUAAGUGGCUCGGGGAACAAAACAUCAAUAUUUUGGGUCCAUGGCCAGGAAACUCCCCAGAACUUAAUCCCAUUGAGAACGUGUGAUCAAUCCUCAAGAGGCGGGUGGACAAACAAAAAUCCACAAAUUCUGACAAACUCCAAGCAUUGAUUAUGCAAGAAUGGGCUUCCAUCAGUCAGGAUGUGGCCCAGAAGUUAAUUGACAGCAUGCCAGGGCGGAUUGCAGAGGUCUUGAAAAAGAAGGGUCAACACUGCAAAUAUUGACUCUUUGCAUCAAUUUCAUGUAAUUGUCAAUAAAUGCCUUUGACACUUAUGAAAUGCUUGUAAUUAUACUUCAGUAUUCCAUAGUAACAUCUGACAAAAAUAUCUAAAGAUACUGAAGCAGCAAACUUUGUGAAAAUUAAUAAUUGUUUCAUUCUCAAAACUUUUGGCCACGACUGUACUUAUCAAAUGUAUCGUUUUCUGCAAUAAAAGUACUAAACUUCAAGUUGUGAGUGUAUGACGAUAUUGUUGAAAUUAAAUACAAAAUUAACUCUG